AUGGGCCCCUGUACCGACUCCUCAUGCUGCUGCCAGGCCCGUAAUCUGUCAUGGGCCCCUGUACCCCGCCUCCUCAUGCUGCUGCCAGGCCCGUAAUCUGCCAUGGGCCCCCGUACCGCCUCCUCAUGCUGCUGCCAGGUCCAGAGUGUGUCAUGGGUCCCUGUACGGCCUCCCAUUGCUGCUGUCUCCAUCGCCACACUCUGCCAUGUGCCACUUUCAGGUCUCCUCACACUGCUGGUGGGUUCCAUUUUGUCAUAGGGUGCUGUAUGGCCUCCCAUUGCUGCUGCCUCCACCGCCACACUGUGGUUCCACACUCUGGUUUUGGCCCCGUGACUGCCCAAAUGAGUGAAGUGUGCGGUGAUUCUAAGAUCGACGGCACUCAUCUGCAUGUCAUACUGACUGACAGUAUUAUUUCUCUUCCCCAGCAGACUCCAAGGGCAUUUAAAUUAAAGGUACAGUGUUCUGCACUAAUAUAA